CCGGGGAACAAGCCAUCUCGGGAUGGUGGCUUACGCCUCCGCGGCCCAGCGCGGAUGACGGCGAUUGACGCUGUCCUCCGGCAAUUGUGCCUCGUUGAUGCCUCCGGGGUUUGAUAUGAAUGGUGUGACUUUUGUCUGGGACGGGUCUUGCUCGAGUCUGACUUCAACUGGCGGUGCGAGGAUGGAUUGAUGGUCGCUGUUUGUACGAGAGCCUGCUUUGUCGUGUCUGCGUUCAGCGCGUGUCUCAUUGCAAGCCUUGCAGCCCAGCCGGUCCGAGGGGAGGCGUCUGUUGAUCAAGCAAGUGGACGAGCGCGAGAUGCGAUCUGGCGGGAUCGGAAGAGUGAGUGCACCCGUCCCGUUAUAUUACCUACAGGCUGGCGGGCGCUUUGCCCGAGUCGUGUUAGUUCGUCCACUCGCUUGCGUGCGCUGUGCUCGCCUGACUGUCCGUGCAUCUCGCUGGAACGGCAAGUCGAUCAUCCGGGGCUGCGAUAUCUGCUGCUGUCUCAGAUAACAAGGGCCUUCUGGCCUGCGAUGCGGUUUUGUGCUUCUGGCGACUGGCGUGCUGAAAUGGCUAUGUAUUCUGGUGGGUUGACGUGCGUGUGUGUGGAAUGCUUCAAAAAGGAUGACAGAUUGUGUGCAAGACGGUCCUGAUGCGUUCAAAAAUAGAUCCACUGUGGCGUUUUCUCAGGCCGUCAUGCUCGAUAGAGGACUCACCUGCCAAACCCAGGUCGUCAGCAUAUGUGCACGCUUGUGAACUUUCCGGAGGCCACUGUCGCUAGAGGAUCUACCUGAUCAUCGUCAUUUGGCAGGUCUGCCGCUUUGAUUGACGUUGCCACCCUGACGUUUCGAUGUGAGCGUUCGCAUUUGCAUAUUCGGUGCGUGCUUCUGUAUCCAUUUCAAUUCGAUGAUGCCAC